GAAUCAAAAAGGACUCGGCAAACAUAUAGUAGAAAUCAAACGUUAGAAUUGGAAAAAGAAUUUCACUAUAAUAAGUAUUUAACGAGAAAAAGAAGGCAAGAAAUAUCGGAAAGUUUACAGUUAUCUGAGAGACAGGUAAAAAUUUGGUUUCAAAAUCGACGAAUGAAGCAUAAAAAAGAAUGCAAAGGUGAAAUAAAUGCAACCAAUGAAAGUGAUGAAAGUGGCGAUGAACAAAUGACUGGGUAG